AUUGUGCGCAGUUGAUGGGGAGGAUUUUCCCACGGAAGGUGUUGGUAGUUCCAUUCACAAUAGCGCAACACUUGCAUGGUUGUUUCGUCAGAAAAUUCGUACCCCUUUGCGCCCUUCGCGGGUUGUCCGAGCGAGUGGAAGGUUUAAAAGAAAAGCAGCAGCAUGGUGUGCGGUUUCUUGCACAUUCAUUCAAGCACACCAACGAACAGGAAGUGAAAAAUACGCACUCGGGUCAUUCACGUAGUAGCUUGCGAUUACAAACAAAGCACAGCAAAGUAUCCGCUCGCUAACGCAUAUUUGGAUAAAAGUACAAAGCAUUCAAGUGGAAGCUGAGCUGCAACCAACGUUUGCAGGAUGUUAGUGUAAAAAAGAGUGUCACUUUUCACGGCUCAAAGUGCCCCACUUUCCGUGCUUUUAAUCAUUCACAUUUGCGUUCAUAUGCCAGCGUGGCACACAACACACUUUCGGAGUGAGGCUCGCCCCAUCUAGAGAAGGUUCUAGAACGCCGUCACAAUCAUCAUGAGUACCCCGAUCUUUAUCACGGUACCGACCAAAUACAUCCCAAUUAACGUGGCACCGACGGUCGUAGCGAAACCGUCGGCCACCACCACCACCACGACGACGGCGGUGAAGCCGUUGGCCAAGCGGCCCGCAUCGGUUGCACUGUCGUCGAUGGUUUCGGAUGACGAAUCGUCCUCGAUGGAUGAGUUCAUCGUGCGCGGCAAAAAGCGCCGCCUCGACCAUCUGACAUGGGAGGAAAAGAUUCAGCGCAAGAAGCUAAAAAAUCGUGUCGCCGCUCAAACAUCGCGCGACCGAAAGAAGGCCAAAAUGGAAGAGAUGGAAAAGACGAUCCACGAGCAGUCGGAGCAGAUUGUGCAGCUGCAGAACCGGUGCAGCGCACUGGACACCGAGAAGAGUGCAAUCUACGGCAAGUAUCUGGAUCUUGAGCGACGGUUCGAGGAUCUGCAGCAGCGUUUGCUGGCACAGGAGCGGAAGGUGAAGGAGGAACCGCAGGAGGACGACGUUGUCGUUGGUGGCAGUCCCACGAUGCCCUCAGCAGCAGGGACUGUACAAGUGCGGUCCGGCGGAAACGCAGACGACACUGCCCCCGACAGCGAACGAUCCGCGGCUGGCAGCCCUGUGGAGGAUCAUUGCGAUCUGCCUGCUCUACAGGACAUGUUCGAAAAUUUCGACGUGUCCCAGCUCGAGGAGCUUGCCGAAACCCUACUCGCAGGUGUCGGCGCAGACCUGGAAGACAUUGAUCGCGCAGGCCGCGCGCUUGAUGCCGAAGGCGAGCGCCCCGGCCAGCGCCUGUCUGGAUCAGUGGUGGGGACCGCAGCAGAACUCCUGGAACCCAGUCGACCGGAGACCCCUACGGGAAAUCGCCUAAUACUGACCACGCACAACUACAGCAAGUCGCCGUUUUACGAGCUAUCUGAGCAGCCGGCCGAACCGCCGAAGCAGGAACGGGAGGAACACGAUGUGCGUUCCGUCGUCCCUUCGUCGGACCCCUUGCCGAACCAGCAACCUGCCGUGAUGCUACCGAAUAGUGAUACACUCUACGGCACGUACGACAACGAAACGAACUGCAUAACGAUCGUACUGGCGGGCGAUGAAGAAGUCAGCGAAACAACAGUCACCACCACCUGCAUGGACGGCAGUGAGGAUGGGGUGGCCGAGGCAUCAAGCGAAGAACUGAUUCUACUUGAACCGAUGGAGCAGCCGGCAGAGAAGACAGCGCCUGCUACGGCAGCAGCACCACUCCCAGCGGAACCAUUCUCGCCACUCGCUCCCAUCACGAUAAGGCCCCCGUCGCCGCUGCAGGAUCUCCUAUCGCCGAUCGCGCACCACCCGCUCAAGAGCCCCGGAGGAUUGUCGAGCGUUUCCGACGCCGGGUACGAAUCGCUCGGAUCGCCCGUCCCGUCCACGAUAGCGAGCGAACUAAUGCCGACCGAUCCCAGCAUGAUGUCUCUCGACUAUGCGCUGAGCGAUGAUUUCAGCGAGUUUUGGAAUUUGGAUCCCCUUUUCCCAAUCCUGGAGUAA